AUGUAUUUCCUCGCGCGAACUUUUUCUCGCCUCUUUGGGGCCUCAGCCGCUAGCGCCACCUCCGCUCGCUCGACUCCCAUCACGACUCCGGCGACCCCCUCAACCCCCACCACGACCUCCGCGACUUUGCCCACCCUCGCCUCGAGCUGUUUCGAAUUCUUCACCUUCGCUCACGACCAACACCAACACCAGAAGAAGACCACAACCGAAGAAGAUGAAGAUCUCGGUGUGUCGUUUGUUCUCCUUUCCAACCACUUCGAGAAGAUCGCCUCUUUCGACAACGAUGAGGUCCGCCAGCUGGGAGACUUCUCCAGCCUCGCCUACCUCGACCGCCAGGCCAACCUCGGUGAUGGCUCCUACAACGUGACGGCCUUUGCCACCGAGACCUCGUCGGGCUACGUGAGGACCCAGGGCCGCGAGGUGGUCCUCACCUACAAGGGCACCGACACAGCCACCGACUUCAUGAGCGACUUCAACGCCUGGCCCGUGUCCGACCAGGAGCUCCUGCCCGAGGGGUUCAUCCAUCGCGGGUUCCUGCUGGCCUUCCAGAGCUCGUGGCCGAAGGUCGAGGCCGCCCUCCACCGCCACGCCGCGAGCCAGGGCCUUGGCGUGGCCAAGCUCAACUUCACCGUGUGCGGCCACAGCCUCGGCGCGGCGCAGGCCACCCUGGCUGCGCUUCAGCUGGCCCACCUCGGGGCCUCAGUCGAUCAGAUUCGGCUCCUCACGUUCGGCUCCCCGCGCGUCUUCUCGUGGGCGGGCGCCGCCUACUUUGAGCGCCUCGGGCUGGGCGGGCGCACGCUUCGUGUGGCCGAGAACGGAGCCGACCCGGUGACGAUGGUCAAUCUGGGAAGCCUUGGAUUCAAGCACGUUGGGUUGAAUCUGCGCGUCGAGAAGCCCGCCGCAGCCUGGCCCCAUCUGAUGGAAGGCUACAUGGCUGGCUUCUUGGCCCUCACGACUUCGACCUUCGUGCCGUCCUUCCCCCUGGGCUCCCGUCGCGCCCUUCUCCGCCUUCUCCGCCUCUAA